AUGUGGAUAGCAACAUGGUGUCUGGGCUUCGUCUUGUUCUCGUGUCCCAAUUGCCUGUACGUUUGCGUCGGACGCGCAGCCGCCCAAAACAAAAGCAACUGUGAUUCACAGGUAACCAAAAGCAAACCACAGAAUUUAACUGUUUCUAAUGUAACCAGUCGAUCAAUAACAAUAACAUGGCUCGCACCAAUAGAUGGUGAGGAUGGAAUAACCAAUUACAAUCUUUUUUAUUCACAUGACAAUAACACAUUUGUAAAAUUAUUGGCAAAUACAUACAUAUUUACAAUUGCAAAUCUCAUACCUUACACUGAGUACCAAGUACACAUUGUAGCCAAAUGCGAACAAUAUAUAAAAAGUGAAUCUUCAGAUACAAUAAUUCAAUAUACUGAUGUUGAUGGUCCAGGUCCACCAAUUAUUACAAAUGCUACAUGUGUACCAGGAACUAAUGGUACAUCUAUUUUCUUACAAUGGACUACACCUCAACUAUUUUAUAGAUCAGUGGAUGAAUAUAUUAUAUAUGUUUCUGAUACUUCUGAUAUUGUUAAGAAUUUCAACAUUUCAUUACCAAAAGAUAGUAUCAAUUCAAAUCAUAAUCAGUACAUUGUUCAAAACUUAACAGACAAUACCAUGUAUGAAUUAAAAAUAAAUGGAGCGACAAAUAGUUUCCUAGGCAAUCAUUUAAUUGAAGGUGAAGCUUCAGAACCUCGUUCUGUCUACUUACAUAAAGAUUGUGAUAAUGAUAAUACUUCGAAAAAUAAUCAUAAUUUAAUUGAAAAUACAAAAUCCCUUUUGAUUGGUUUAUGUUGCGUAUUGGGAUUACUAUUCAUUGUAGCUGUUGUUUUAUUUUGGCAAUGCCAUCCUGUGUGUAGGGUAUACUUUCAUGCUGCUUAUUAUUAUCUGGAGGAUCCACCAUUUGUGUCACAUACUGUACCAACAUUGCCAAAUUCUGAUUGGUGGAAGCAUAAACAAGAAUCUCAUGUUGUGACAGUGGAUGGUUUUGCUAAGCAUGUAGCUAAUUUGCAUGUUGAUGGAGAUAUUGGUUUUAGCAAAGAAUAUGAAAUCAUUCAAGAAGAGUCAAUGAAUUUUGAUUUUUCAACUGAAUCAUCACAACUACCAGAAAAUAAAUCAAAAAACCGAUACCUCAACAUAGUUCCAUACGAUCAUAGCAGAGUCAAGCUCCACAUAAAUAAUAUACCAGGAAGUCAUUCUGAUUAUAUAAAUGCUAACUAUAUUGAUGGUUUUGAAAAAGCUAAUGCAUACAUUGGUACACAAGGACCUUUACCAUCAACAAUUAUUGAUUUUUGGCAAAUGAUGUGGGAACAACAUGUUUAUGUUAUUGUGAUGAUAACAAAUUUAGUGGAACGUGGCCGGAGGAAGUGCGACUUAUAUUGGCCAAAUGAAGGUAUAGAAACAUAUGGUUUUAUUCAGGUUAAACUAUUAAAAGAAGAACUUAUGGCUAUGUAUACUGUCCGUACAUUUCAAGUGCAUCAUACACGAGCUAAAAAGAAAAAAAACGUGCCAUUAGGUAGAACUAUAUAUCAAUAUCAUUAUACUAAUUGGCCUGAUCAUGGUACGCCAGAUCAUCCUUUGCCGAUCUUAAGUUUUGUGAAUAAAUCAGCUGGUGCUAAUCCAGCUGAUGCUGGUCCUAUUGUUGUUCAUUGCAGUGCUGGUGUUGGUAGAACUGGUACAUAUAUUGUCUUAGAUACUAUGCUUAAGCAAAUUAAAAGUGAAAAAGAAGUGAAUAUAUUUGAUUUCUUAAAGCACAUUAGACAGCAAAGGAAUUUUUUAGUUCAAACGGAAGAACAAUAUAUAUUUAUCCAUGACGCUUUAUUAGAAGCAAUAAAUUGCAUGUAUUCUAGUAUUAAUAGAAAAACCCUAACAAGUUAUCUUCAAACAGACAUAGCCGAUUGUAAAAUUGCAUCAUUUGCCUCAGAUUUUGAAAAACAUUAUAAGAUGAUAACAUCAUUUGUCCCACCAGACUAUUUCUUAGUUUCAGCAAAUAAACCCUUUAAUCGAAAUAAAAAUAGAUCUCAAGAAUUUGUUCCUGUAGAAAAUUCUCGAGUGCACUUAACACCAAAACCUGGAAUUGAAGGAAGUGAUUACAUCAAUGCAUCUUGGAUAAUUGGAUUUAAGCGACUAGGAGAAUUUAUUGUUACACAGCAUCCUCUAGAAAAUACAGUUUUAGAUUUUUGGCAAAUGCUCUGGGACCACAAUGCACAGACUGUAGUAAUAUUAACUGACAUGAGUGAAGACACGGAUUCACUUAUUAAAUUUUGGCCUGUGGACUCUGAUACAACAUUAGAUAGUGACAAUUUCAAAGUUAAAAGUGUUCAAGAAGACAAAAUAGGAGACGAUUAUGAAACAAGAGAUCUUAUCAUUCAAUCUGUACAAGAUGAUUUUAUGCUUCCAGUUAGACUAAUUCACAGUAAAUAUUCUGUGAGGGAAUUAUCUUCAUUGAUUAAAUUAUUAGAAAUCGUACAAAUGUGGCAUUUAGAAUACCAAAAUGGUCCUAUUGUUGUAGUAGAUAAAUUUGGUGGAACAGAAGCUGCAAUAUUUUGUUGCUUAACAACUAUUGGUAAGCAACUACAACAUGAAAAUGUUGUUGAUAUUUCAUUGUAUGCUAAACUUUACCAUAAUCAAAGACCAGGCAUUUGGAAGGACAUAGAAAAUUAUUUAUUAUUAUAUCGGGCUUUGGAACUCAUGUCUGGAGGAAGCUGUUUUAAUGUAUUACCAUCAACUUCAAUUACCAGUAUAAAUAAUGUGGCAAACGGUAGUCAUAGUUCACUUACUUUACCAAAUGGAAAUGCUCUUUCACCAAAUAAACAAAAUGGAGUAUUAAUUUCUUAA